AUGCAGUUCAUGAAUAGUAGCUUAGCCACACUUACAAAAAAUUUGGGUGACAACCACCCUAUCACAAGCAAUUAUUUCAAAAACUUUUCACCUAAACAAAUUUCUCUAGCAAGUCGUAAGGGUGUUUAUCCAUAUGACUAUAUCAAUUCUUAUGAUAGAUUCCAAAAGAUAAAGCUCUCCCAAUCCAUAAAUUCCAUACGUCUCUUAAAG